AUGGAUUAUGCUACUACAGUUACAUUUCCAAACAAGAACCAAAUCGUCGUUCCUUUCAUUGCAAAUUAUUACCAUCAUCCAUCAGAAACAGAGAUCGAAAUCCAUGCAGAUUCAACAUAUUACGUUGACUUCUGCAACAUGGUCUCCGAAAUUCCAGAAGUCAAAUUAACAGUUUUCAAUUCAAAAGUCAUCGUCACACAAAAUCGAAAAGAUUUCAUUUCACGAUUAAACAUUGACUUAUGUGAAGGCGGCAAAGUUGAAUCUCAUAAUGAUCUCGAUAUUUACAAACUGAAAAUCGAUGGCAAAGGAACAUCAAUCACAACAUCACAACAACUUAAAGUAACAGACACAAUGAAGAUGUACAACAACUCAGAAAUCAACAUGAAUGCAAAAGAAAACAAUAUUGAUGAAAUCACAUUGAAAGACAACUGCAUUAUUAAUUCAGAUUUCGCAUUGAAUAUCAACAAAGUUAAUUGUUAUGAGAAUGACAAAGACACAACUCAAACAAUUAAUUCAGAUAUCAUCAUUACAAAGUUUCUUUCAUACGGUCCAUCCAAAUUAAGUAUUGGUGGAAUUCAAUUAUUAAAAGAUGCAUUUUUACAAUGUGUUUGCAUCAAUGGUGAAAUCAAUCCACUUAAAGUAACAAAUGCAAAAGAAUUAAACGUCGUUUUUUGUUCAGAUAAAGAUACAGAUUCAGCUCAAAAAGAAGCCUUGUUUGACCAAUUAUAUCUAGAUAACAAGAACAAAUUUAAUAUCAUUGAAUCAUCAUCAGACAUCAAGAUUAAUAUGAUUCCAAAUAUUGGUUUCGAUGAAUUCUCGGAGAAAGAAAUUGCUUUCUUUACUACUCAAUAUGCUUUCAAACUUGAUCACGAUGGUUCAUUAUAUACUCUUACUUUAACAGAUACACCAUUAAUGUAUCGUAUGAAAUAUUGUUUCGGAGGAGACAUUAAUUCAACAAAAUGUUCUCUUAUUCCACGCUUCUACUCUUCUGAAUACAAUGAAGACUGGAAGAAACAAGUCAAACCAUAUGCAAAUCAAAUCAAUCUUUAUUUCGGAGAAAACAAAGAAUAUACGAUUGAUGCAUCAGGAAUUAAAGCUCAAACAGCAUUAGUUAUUGUUGCUCCUGUUCAAGUCAAUUUAAACAUCAUGGCAUCAUCAGAAACAUCAAUAAUAGCAUUAAUUUUCUAUGGUGGAAAUGCAAAAGUGGAUUUGAACAACUUUAAUAACCUGAUUGACCAAAUUGGAAUACAAGGAGCUAUUGUUGAGUUUAAGAACAGUCAAAAUCUCAAUAAAAUUAAUAUUUUCAAAGGUAUAAGUUCUAAAGUUUCUUUUGAUCAAAAAGUUUCAUUUUCCGGAGAAACUUAUGCUUUCCAAAAUACCAAAAUAACAGGAGAUUUAGAUUUCUCUAAGUGCCAAAGCUUGCGUGUUGAUACAAAAUCAUUAAAUGUAUUUGAUCCAAAUCCUCAAAAUCUUGAAAUUUACCUUUCAAAAGAUGUCGAAAAAAUUGAUUUACAACAUGGAAAAAUAGUUUUUACUAUGUCUAACAAAGAAAAUGUCGCAAUUAGAGCCAAGCACGAUAGAAUGAUAGACCUAUUUUGCAUGUUUCUUAAAGAAAUGACCUUUUCAUGUUCAGGAACAGACGAGCUUCAACUUCCAAAGUUGAAUUGUACUUUCCUUUGGAAAUUCAAAAUUGUUGGAGAAUGGCCACAUACAGAAUUUCCUCUUAUUUUUGGAGAGACAAGGAUAAUGGAUCCGGAAACUCCUAUUAAUAUCAAUGUUAAAACAGAUGGAGCCUAUCCAAUUUGCUUGGAAUAUCAGUUCUCAGGAAGAAAUGUUUAUCUUGAUUCAGAUAAAGAUGUUACAAUUUCAUAUGACUUGAAGCCAAUCGAGCAGGGUUUCUACCCAUUUUUCUAUUCUUCAAAGAAUGUUUAUUUGAAGAAGAUCCAAUUGACAGAUGAAGGAGGCAUUGGAUAUGUUACAAACACAUCGAACAAGUUCUAUAUUGAUGAAGUCGAUGCAUCCGGUCAAUCAAUUGAGUUGAACAAUGUUGAAGUUCGAAACAUGACAAUGAUCAAAUCAUCUAUCACCGGUAUCUAUGCAAACUUUGUUGAUUCAUAUGUUACUAUGAAUGUUCCAACUAACAACCAAUUUUUAUCUACAUUCACCACUAACGGCAAAUGUGACUUAAAAUCAUUCAUUAUCAACGACGAUCGCCAUACAUUAUAUACGAACACCACCGAGAAGAUCUUCUGCUGCAGUGGUGGUCUUUCUGUUAAGAAACUGAAAACAGACACAGGUAAUUUACAUGUUAAAGACAAAUGCAUUGUUUUCACACCAUCCAUUUCAUCAUCUAAACUUCGACUUAUCUUAUUGAUCACAAUUCCAUGCUGUGCUCUUGUUUUAAUUGUUGUUGUUAUCUUGAUUGUUUUCAUUUGCAAGAGAUCACAUAAGAACAAAUUCGAAACAUCCACUGAAUUAACAGCAACAUUACUCUAA